AGAUUUCAGCCAUGCCGCCCUCUCCUAGAUUCUCUAUCCGCCAUGGCCGUUGGCCAGCGGCAAGCGGACCCACCAUACAAGCAGGGCAGGGCGGGCCGCCGUGGAACCACCCCUGCUCUGGCCUGUACUGCCGCCGUCGGAGGUGAUGCGCCGCGCCGUCCCUCCGACACCGUCGUGGCCCGCAGCGAGCAGGGCGAGGCGCGCGGCUCAGCGUGAGGAGGGCGCGGACGUCGGCCCCGGUGGCAGUCGGUCAGUCAGCAAUCGGGUCUCGGCAGACAAGACAUCAUAGGCCACGCCGCAAUGCUGUCGCCGCCCGUGUGCAUGGUAUGGCCAGUUCAAUCAGUGCACGCACCAGCGCACGGCAUACUCUGUCGGUUUCUCCAUUAUCUUCAGUUCGAUCAGCACAGACUUCACAGUUAGCGAUAAGAGCUGCAAACCCACUCUUCCCUUGUGCCAAACUCUCUCAAGCUCGUGCCGUGGUGGCAGCACCAAUGAAGGUCUCCAAGCACCCUUCCUCUUCUUGUUUAGCCAACCGCCAGCCUUCGAAAGAGGUUCUUGAGACAUGGCGCAGUGCCGAUGCGGUGUGCUUCGAUGUGGAUAGCACUGUAUGCUUGGAUGAGGGUAUUGAUGAGCUUGCUGAUUUCUGUGGGGCUGGGCAGGCAGUAGCUGAGUGGACGACAAAGGCAAUGACAGGGACCGUUCCAUUUGAAGAGGCUCUUGCUGCCCGGAUUUCGUUAAUCAAGCCAUCUCUGUCCCAAGUUCAGGACUGUUUGGAGAAGAGGCCACCCAGGAUUUCUCCUGGAAUCGCUGAUUUGAUUAAAACGUUAAUAGCUAAUAAUACUGAAGUGUUCCUUGUGUCAGGAGGUUUCAGACAAAUGAUUGAGGAUCGUGGUUACAAGACGCUGGUUAUGAUUGGAGAUGGUGCAACUGAUCUUGAGGCUCGGCAACCUGGUGGAGCAGACUUGUUCAUCUGUUACGCCGGUGUCCAGAUGAGAGAAGCAGUUGCAGCCAAAGCUGACUGGACCGUCUUUGAAUUUCAAGAGCUAAUUUCUGAAUUGCCGCAGUUAAAUACCUCACAGUGAUUCUGAAUCUUACGGUGUUCACACCGUGAAAGAUCGUAUGUUCUUAAGCUUGCAUUUAGCUGCAUUACUUUAUUUCCUCAUUUCCAUCAUUCCUUUGAUGAGAUGGUGCUUGAGCUGGAGCUCAAAUUUAAUGGUUUCAUUUCUGAAACCUGGUAGUUAUGUAUUCUUUUUUCUUUGCGGGGUUGGUGGUUAUGUAUCUGAUACGGAAACCUGAUGGUUAUGUAUCAAUAUUGAAAUUUUAUGGUUAUGUAUUGAUAUUGGAAUUAUUUAAA